CUCUUUAUUUCAUUACUCUUUUCUAUGGUUGAACUUUCUCUCUCUUUCUCCUUUCUCUAGGUGCCAGAGUGAAGUUGGCAUCUGUAUUUCACACCAGAACGCACGGAUACACACGGAACUCUCUCCUUCUUCUUUCAUCUCUUUGCUCUGCUUUGCUUUGCUUUCGAAAAUGCACUUUGCCUAUCAUCAAAGUGGAGAACAUCGCUUCCAAGGCAAAUCUCUUUCCUCUCUAAAAUAAUCGCCUUAUAAGAAGACUCUCUUCAAUGGCGUCUGGACAAGGAGCAAAAUCGAGGAGAUCGGGAUUCAAAGCAGUUCAACACUCGCCUUCGUCAUCAACAACGUCUUCUUCUAAGCAAUUUCCGGAAACUUCUGUUGACGGUCAGAGUUCUCCAGCUUCUUCUUCAGCGAGAAGUAAACCGCAUUAUUUCUACUCAGAGAACUCAUCGUUGAAUGCAGAGAGAUCCAAGGAGAAUGUAACGGUUACCGUUCGUUUCCGUCCCCUCAGUCCGAGGGAAAUCCGAUUAGGUGAAGAGGUUGCUUGGUAUGCAGAUGGAGAAAGUAUUGUACGGAAUGAGCAUAAUCCUUCUAUAGCAUAUGCUUACGAUCGAGUGUUUGGCCCAACGACUACCACAAGGCAUGUGUACGAUAUUGCUGCACAAUCUGUUGUCAACGGUGCUAUGGAGGGCAUCAAUGGUACCAUUUUUGCAUAUGGUGUGACAAGCAGUGGAAAGACACACACUAUGCAUGGGGAUCAGAGGUCUCCGGGUAUUAUUCCAUUAGCUGUGAAAGACACUUUUAGUAUCAUUCAAGAGACUCCAAAUCGUGAGUUUCUUCUUCGUGUCUCAUACUUGGAGAUCUAUAACGAGGUCAUUAAUGACUUAUUAAAUCCAGCUGGACAAAAUCUAAGAAUCAGAGAGGAUGCUCAGGGUACAUUUGUUGAAGGCAUUAAAGAGGAAGUUGUAUUAUCCCCUGCUCAUGCUUUGUCUCUUAUUGCUGCUGGAGAGGAACACAGGCAUGUUGGUUCUACAAAUUUCAAUUUACUUAGCAGCAGGAGCCAUACAAUAUUUACACUGACCAUUGAAAGCAGCCUUUUUGGUGAAAACUGUGAAGGCGAGGCUGUUAACUUGUCACAAUUGCAUCUCAUUGAUCUAGCAGGUUCUGAGAGCUCCAAAGCUGAAACUGUUGGUGUGCGUCGAAGAGAAGGAUCCUACAUUAACAAAAGUCUGCUAACUCUUGGAACUGUCAUAUCAAAGUUGACUGAUGGGAGAGCAGCACAUGUACCAUACAGGGACUCUAAAUUAACUAGGCUUCUUCAGUCUUCAUUAAGUGGUCAUGGCCAUGUAUCUCUCAUUUGCACUGUUACUCCCUCAUCAAGUAGUACUGAGGAGACGCACAACACACUCAAGUUUGCUCACCGUACAAAGCACAUAGAAAUCAAAGCAGCACAGAAUAAGAUAAUUGAUGAAAAAUCACUCAUCAAGAAGUACCAGAAUGAGAUUCGCUGUUUGAAGGAAGAGCUGGAUCAACUAAAGAGAGGUAUUGUCUCAGUUCCUCAACUAAAAGAUGCAGGUGAAGAUGACAUAGAGCUUCUGAAACAGCAGUUAGAAGAUGGUCAAUCCAAGCUGCAGUCAAGAUUGGAAGAGGAGGAGGAAGCUAAAGGCGCACUAUUAGCCAGAAUACAACGUCUAACAAAGUUAAUCUUGGUGUCCACGAAAACCACACAGUCAUCAAGGCUUCCACACCGUGCUGGUCCAAGGAGGAGGCAUUCUUUUGGUGAAGAAGAGCUUGCAUACCUCCCUCAUAGAAAGCGUGACCUGAUUUUGGAUGAUGAGAACAUAGAUGUGUAUGUUUCAGUAGACGGGAACGUUGAAAGUGUAGAUGAUACAGUGAAGGAAGAGAAGAAAUCCCGGAAGCAUGGCCUUCUACACUGGUUGAAGCCAAGGAAGCGAGACAGUGGUGUAGGCACCUUGGCAAGCACCAGCGAUAAAUCAAGUGGAGUCAAGUCCGUUAGUUCUCCUUCAACUCCUAAAGCAGAAAGUGUUAAUUUUCAAGGUGAAUCUGGGCUAUCAAAUUCUCAUCAUACAGAGAGUAUUCCUGCUGACCCUUUGGAGAUGAGACAUCAUAGAGGAAGUCCGGAUGGGGAUUACACGGAACCAGAUACUCCCUCGACAACCAUUAAGACAAUUGAUCAAAUUGAUCUCCUGAGGGAGCAACAAAAGAUAUUAUCUGGAGAGGUGGCACUCCAUUCAAGUGCAUUGAAGAGAUUAUCAGAGGAUGCUUCAAGAAAUCGUGAGAAGGAAUUCAUUCAUGAGGAAGUAAGAGAAUUGAACAAUAAAAUCAAGAGAAAGAACGGACAAAUUGCUCUCCUGGAAAAGCAAAUAGCUGAUUCCAUUAUCAUGUGUCAUGACAAGGUGGAGAAUGUUGAAGGAUCACUAACUGUAGCUGAAUUAAUGGCCCAACUAAAUGAGAAAUCGUUCGAGCUUGAGGUUAAAGUUGCUGAUAACAGAAUAAUUCAAGACCAACUUGAUCAAAAGGUUCAUGAAUGCCAAGAAAUGGAAGAAACGGUAGCCUCGUUGAAACAGCAGCUCUCAGAUGCACCCGAGUUGCACCCCAGCUCAGCUGGAAUAUCUAGACGUUUGCUUGAUCUAAAAGCUAUGCAGCAGGGAGAAGUUUGCGUGGACGGAGCAGUGAAAGAUUCAAAUGAAGGGAUGCUGCUACUGCAGGCAAAGGAUAAGGAAAUAGAAGAACUGAAACAGAAGAUAAGUGAAUUAACAGAGGCAAAGGAGCAGAUAGAAGCGCGAAACAAGAAACUUUCAGAAGAUAGUUCAUACGCAAAAGGAUUAGCUUCGGCUGCAGCAGUUGAACUAAAGGCAUUAUCAGAAGAAAUAUCGAAACUCAUGACUCGUAACGACAAGCUAACUGCCGCACUAGCAGCAGCACAAAAGAAUUCAAGCAGUCAACAACGUAGAAGCACACCAACUCCACGGCUUGUCAGGAGACCGUUAGACGUCAACCCAAAACGUCAAGAACCAGUUGCUGCUGCUGCUUCUGUACCGGCAGAGGUGAAGAGAGAGCUAGCGAUGGGUCGGGAGAGAGAAGUUUCAUACGAAGCUGCUUUAGCUGAUAAAGAGAAAAGAGAAGCAGAACUGCAAAGAAAGAUAGAAGAAUCUAAACAAAGAGAAGCAUAUCUAGAGAAUGAACUAGCUAACAUGUGGGUUCUUGUUGCCAAGCUUAAGAAAACAACAAAUGGAGAUCAAACUGAUGUUACUGAUCAUCAUCAUCAUCCUGAACAGGGCAGCCAUAGGAGAGUCCUCAGUGAUCUAGAACAGUGGAACUAAUAAUAAUAAUAAUAAUUUAUCAAACUAGUUUUGCAUUGGUCAUUUGUGUAGUUAGAAUUAUAAUAAUCUAGGUUCUCUGUUUUGGUUUGUUUUGGUUUAUUCUUUUAAAUCAGUGUUGUAAAAAUCUAGGCAAGAAUAAUUGGCACAAACGGUAUUUUAAUUAUUAAUUUUUAUUUUU